ACUAUUUUUUUAGUCUCAUUCUUUCUACGUGACUAGUUCACACGCCACGCCCAGCGUAAACUAAUUUCACAAAAGGUUUGGGGAAAUACCAGGAAAACGGCCUGAAGAAAUUCCGACUAGUCUCCUCCAAAUCGCGUUAGACUUCUCCGGGCGUUCAUUCAGAGUAGGCCAUUGCCAUGCUGGCAAUGAGAGAAGUAGCUAUUACCGAUAAUCAGUUCGUAAAAAGGUUUUCAAAACUGUGAUGGAUAUUAUUCUUCUUUAAUGAAAAUCAAUAUUGGCGAAUAAUUUUUUUAAAAUAUUCUCGUUGCUUUUUUCUUGACGAUCGAACAGAUUUAAUUCAGGCCAGACAAUUGAGCUUAAAUUUUCCAUAUUAGCCGAAGGGUAGGGAUUUCAGGUACCGGAUUUUUCCAUUACAUUAUACCCAUAUAUAAAUAAUUAUACCCACAGUAUACAUUGAGCUUAAAUUGCCCGUGGGAUAGGAAUUAAAGGUACAGUUUCUUCUGGUAUCAUUAGUGAUGCCACCACCCCAGCCAGUGCUCUCAUUUCUAAGCGAAAUGUUAUUUCAAAACUGCAUCGGUGGCUAAAUAGAAUGCGUACGAACAGCAUCCUCGAGCUAAUGUCAAGGACGUUGUGUUUACUUGUUUGUUACACAUGGUGAAAGCAAAUGGGGCUACCUACAACCAAGUAUCAUUGUUAUAGUGUCAGCAUUUUUUCAGCUCCACCCGGAAGAUUUUUCUAACGGAAUUGACUGUCCACUAAUUAUAAACAGCUUCCCGGAGCCAGAGCUAUGUUUGCUUACGGUAUAAAUAUUAGUAGAAGAAUGAUGUUCGUCUGCUGAUCCCAAUUUCACAUUCUGAAUUUCUUGAUUGAUUAUUUAUUUGUACCCUUCUACCCUUUAGUUUUUAGAAAAUUGUCUUAACAUUUUAUUCAAUAAUUCAACAGAAUGUGUGACCCUUGCAACAGGUUUUGCAAAAUCCUAAACACUUCCCACCACUACAUUAACACAUAGAGAAAUUUCUAUGGAAAGCCUUUUUAAAUGAAAGAUUAGAUCUUAUUAUUAUUAUUCUUUUUGCAUAAUUUCGUGCGUUUUUUCUAGAUUGGGAAAUCCAGGAAGUUAAAUUAUUCCGUACCUGGUUGCCUUGAACUCUCAUCUACAGGGGGCUCUAUAAUAUAAAUUAACAACAGGUUUGAUACAUAGGGAGAAUUUAAUUGAAGGCUGACAGUUAAUUACACCUGUUCAUAAUUUUGGCGGGCUAGAGUGCGAACUGCGAAGUUCCUGCUGUGCACUAAAAAAUAGCAAACCGGUUUCAGAUUGCCUUAUGGUGUGAUUCAAUUGAAAUUUUAGUCUAUGAAAUCUUGGGGAUAUGCCUUCAGUGAACCUAAUUUUUACAAAAAGAAAAUCCCGUUUUUCGGUGAUUUUUAUCAUUUGAUUCAGACGCCUUGACUGACGUGGUUCAUUUCCAAAUUGGGUUCCUUCACGGAAUUUUUUAUUCCGCAUGAAAAUUUCCGUGGUCCUUCUGCAAUAACUGGCAGCUCAUCCUUCUCUGUCGCCAAGAAUUUUGUUUAGUGGGAUUUUCCCCAACCUGAGAGGUCUAGUAGGAGUCUAUCUUUGCAACAGUUUUUAGUCUCUGUUGUCGAGUCGAACCAAAAGGAUACGCCCUUGUAUUCUGCAAAAUUCUAGUGUCUAUAUCUCAGUCUAGUUCGAGUGGUGGAUAGAGAUGCAAGUGUUUUGUGUAUUAGUUAUUCUGACAUCUUUUACUGUAAUUAGUCUGGCGAUUGCCGAUGAAGGAUCGAAUGAUACCCAAUCACAAAAAUCUGUUUCCUUCAUAAUUGGAGCAUUCAACCGGGAAUUAAAUGUUGCGGGGAGGACCUCUCGUCAACUGGAUGUCACUACAACGAUAACACUAAGUACUACUGUUAGUGUCGCCUGUGCCAAGAUUGUCAAUGUCACGGGAUCUUGUCGGCGACGCAGAGGUCAUUGGGAGGAAGACCCGAUUGUCCUUACCUUCGACGAUGAAACUGAAAAAUUGACUGAAAGUUUGUUCACUCCCUUGUACAGCAUCGAGACAACUGAACUGCCACAGAUGACCGUGAACGGCCGUCCUAGUAGGUCUGUGCUGAGUGAUCGUGACACGACUGUCGACGAUGGUCGACUCGCUUCUUCCAUGCGUUCAGUGCAUAAUCCUUAUGUACCAUCACAGCCCAGAAUCUAUUUCCAACAAUUAUUUAAUUUCAUUGGAAAAAUAUUCUCAGCAAUUCUUCCGAAUCAAAGACCUCCGUCAACCACUAGUACCCAAUCAAUCCCAAGUACCAGUAGCACACCAACAACUGCACCAACAACAAGCACGGACAUUUUUACGCCGUUCGACCCCAUUGGUCAAAUUGAUUUGAUCGUUCCAGAGAUUUUCAUUUCUACCGUGGAGUACUGGACUACCAUAACGUCAACCAACACGUUCUUCAUCCAGCAGUGCACACCUUCUCCAUUCUUGUUUUUGGAAUGCUCCCCUUCUCGCAGGUACAGUUAAGCACCAGUCCCCUAGAAUCACUUAGUCGAUUAAGUCAGGGGUAAUUAUUUUGAGCUAACGUUUGUGAUGAAAUUGAACCUUAUUAUUAUUUAUGUCUGAUAUUUAUUUCGCAUCAUUUUACGAUAACUUUCUUUGUUAUUUGAACUAUUUAUUUAUUCA